CUUUUACACACGAUAAGAUGUCUGGGUGUCCCAGAGGUCUUCCAGGUGGAGCUGCAGCGUGAGAAACCCUCCAAUCAGAGCAGUCAAGUACGACCCAUCAGAGACCAGACCCUGCUGAACCUGAACCUGAACCUGAACCCAGCUGUGUGUCCAUGAAGAGUAACCGGUCCAUGGAGCCACCGCUACUUUAAUAAAAGACCUGUAAGGGAGAGGAGAAUAGAAAUGGAGGAGAGGCUACCUGAAAUGGAGGAGAGAGGAUUGAUGGAGAGACUUGAAUGGCAGAAGGAGAGAAUUGCAAUGGAAAGGGAAAUUGAAAUGUUAAGAAGAAGAUUGAGGACCCAGCAGAGACCAGAGUCUCCUGAACCUGGACCUGAACCUGGACUUGAACCUGAACCUGAACCUGAACCCAGCUGUAUGUCCUUUGAGAGCGACUGGUCAAAUGAUGGACGCUAUAUUAACUUUAAAGGUCAACAACUUUCUGCUGAAAAGAGGAUCCAUCACAGACCAGACUCUGCUGAACCUGAACCCAGCUGUGUGUCCUUCAAGAGUGACCAGUCACAUGAUCGCUUUAUUGACUUUAAAGGUCAACAACCCUCUGCUGAAAAGAGAGUGGACCAGGAGAGCUCAGAGGUUCCCAGUGGUCAGUCUGCCCAGCAGCAUCAAACACACCUGGACUCCAUAUUUAUGCUGCUGGAGGAGAACAUCGUCACUUUUGUGAAGAUCGAGCUGAAGAAGAUCCAGAAGGUUCUGAAUCCAGAUUACCCAGAAUGCUCAGAGAGUCAGAGGGAGGAUGAGGAUGAAGAGCAGAGGAGCAGCAGAGAGGCAUUUCUGAAGAUCACACUGCACUAUCUGAGGAGAAUGAAGCAGGACGAGCUGGCUGACCGUCUGCAGAGCAGAAGUUCUGCUGGAGUGUGUAAACGUAAACUAAAGACUAACCUAAACAAGAAGUUCCAGUGUGUGUUUGAGGGGAUUGCUAAAGCAGGAAACCAAACCCGUCUGAAUCAGAUGUUCACAGAGAUCUACAUCAUGGAGGGAGGGACUGCAGAGGUCAAUGAUGAACAUGAGGUCAGACAGAUUGAAACAGCUUCCAGAAAACCAAUCAGACCAGAAACAACAAUCAGAAGAAAAGACAUCUUUAAAGCCACACCUGGAAGAGAUGAACCAGUCAGAACAGUGAUGACUAAGGGAGUGGCUGGCAUCGGGAAAACAGUCUUAACACAGAAGUUCACUCUGGACUGGGCUGAAGGCAAAGCCAACCAGGACAUCCAGUUCAUAUUUCCUUUCACUUUCAGAGAGCUGAAUGUGCUGAAAGAGAAAAAGUACAGCUUGGUGGAACUUGUUGAUCACUUCUUCAGUGAAACCAAAGAAGUAGGAAUCUGCAGGUUUGAAGAGUUCCAGGUUGUGUUCAUCUUUGACGGUCUGGAUGAGUGUCGACUUCCUCUGGACUUCCACAACGCUGAGGUCCUGACUGAUGUUACAGAGUCCACUUCAGUGGGUGUGCUGCUGACAAACCUCAUCAGAGGGAAUCUGCUUCCCUCUGCUCGCCUCUGGAUAACCACACGACCUGCAGCAGCCAAUCAGAUCCCUGCUGAGUGUGUUGACAUGGUGACAGAGGUCAGAGGGUUCACUGACCAACAGAAGGAGGAGUACUUCAGGAAGAGAUACAGAGACAAGAAGCAGGAAAGCAGAAUCAUCUCCCACAUCAAGACAUCACGAAGCCUCCACAUCAUGUGCCACAUCCCAGUCUUCUGCUGGAUCACUGCUACAGUUCUGGAGGACGUGUUGAAGACCAGAGAGGGAGGAGAGCUGCCCAAGACCCUUACUGAGAUGUACAUCCACUUCCUGGUGGUUCAGUCCAAACUGAAGAACAUCAAAUAUGGUGGAGGAGCUGGGACCGAUUCAAACUGGAAUGAAGAGACAAAGAAGAUGAUUUGGUCUCUGGGAAAACUGGCUUUUGAGCAGCUGCAGAAAGGCAACCUGAUCUUCUAUGAAUCAGACCUGACGGAGUGUGGCAUCGAUAUCAGAUCAGCCUCAGUGUACUCAGGAGUGUUCACACAGAUCUUUAAAGAGGAGAGUGGACUGUACCAGGACAAGGUGUUCUGCUUCAUCCAUCUGAGUGUUCAGGAGUUUCUGGCUGCUCUUCAUGUCCAUCUGACAUUUAUCAACUCUGGAGUCAACCUGCUGUCAGAAGAACAAACAACAUCGUCUGAAACAUGGCCUGAAGUGUUCAGAGACAAAUCAACAUGUUUCUACCAGAGUGCUGUGGACAAGGCCUUACAGAGUCCAAAUGGACACCUGGACUUGUUCCUCCGCUUCCUCCUGGGUCUUUCUCUGCAGACCAAUCAGAAUCUCCUACGAGGCCUGAUGACACAGACAGGAAGUAGCUCAGAGACCAAUCAGGAGACAGUUGAGUACAUCAAGACAAAGAUCAGUGAGAAUCUGUCUGCAGAGAGAAGCAUCAAUCUGUUCCACUGUCUGAAUGAACUGGAUGAUCGUUCUCUAGUGGAGGAGAUCCAGCAGUCCCUGAGUUCAGGAAGUCUCUCCACAGAUGAACUGUCUCCUGCUCAGUGGUCAGCUCUGGUCUUCAUCUUACUGUCAUCAGAAAACAAUCUGGACGUGUUUGACCUUAAGAAAUACUCCGCUUCAGAUGAGGCUCUUCUGAGUCUGAUGCCAGUGAUCAAAGCCUCCAACAAAGCUCUACUGAGUGGCUGUAACCUGUCAGAGAGAAGCUGUGAAGCUCUGUCCUCAGUUCUCAGCUCCCAGUCCUCUAGUCUGAGAGAGCUGGACCUGAGUAACAAUGACCUGCAGGAUUCAGGAGUGAAGCUGAUCUCUGUUGGACUGAAGAGUCCACACUGCACACUGGAGACUCUCAGACUGAGUGGCUGUAACCUGUCAGAGAGAAGCUUUGAAGCUCUGUCCUCAGUUCUCAGCUCCCAGUCCUCUAGUCUGAGAGAGCUGGACUUGAGCAACAACGACCUGCAGGAUUCAGGAGGGAAGCUGAUCUCUGUUGGACUGAAGAGUCCACACUGCACACUGGAGACUCUCGGACUGAGUGGCUGUAACCUGUCAGAGAGAAGCUGUGAAGCUCUGUCCUCAGUUCUCAGCUCCCAGUCCUCUAGUCUGAGAGAGCUGGACCUGAGCAACAACAACCUGCAGGAUUCAGGAGUGAAGCUGAUCUCUGUUGGACUGAAGAGUCCACACUGCACACUGGAGACUCUCAGACUGAGUGGCUGUAACCUGUCAGAGAGAAGCUGUGAAGCUCUGUCCUCAGUUCUCAGCUCCCAGUCCUCUAGUCUGAGAGAGCUGGACCUGAGCAACAACAACCUGCAGGAUUCAGGAGUGAAGCUGAUCUCUGUUGGACUGAAGAGUCCACACUGCACACUGGAGACUCUCAGACUGAGUGGCUGUAACCUGUCAGAGAGAAGCUGUGAAGCUCUGUCCUCAGUUCUCAGCUCCCAGUCCUCUAGUCUGAGAGAGCUGGACCUGAGUAACAACAAUCUGCAGGAUUCAGGAGGGAAGUUGAUCUCUGAUGGACUGAAGAGUCCACACUGCACACUGGAGACUCUCAGGUUGAGGGGGGCUGUUGAUGGUGAUGGAGGGUUGUGGUUGGUGUUGGCAGGCUCUCAGACUGUGGAGCUGCUCCUGGAGGCUGAGGAUGGUUUGCUCUCUCAGUGUUUUGGAUGCGGGGAGGAGGGUCAUUUGGUCCGUUCCUGCGCCGGCCGGCCCCCGAGCCUGCGGGGCCGGGCGGUUCGGAUGAGCCGGCUCCCAGUCCGGGGGGUUCAGAGCCUCCGGGGAGCUCAGACUCAGAUGUUGCGCCACCUGCAGCUGACUCAGACUCGGCAGGAGACUCCCAGUGAUGUGGAGAAUGAGAGUGAGUGGAGGAAGCAGUGGCCUGGGGGGGUUAUUCUCAGCCAUAAGGCCUCCAACAGUGGGGGGGUCGGGGUGCUCUUCUCUAAGGGCUUUCGUCCCAGCUCCUUUAGUGUGGAGGACAUCAUGUGUGGCCACAUUAUAAAAAUUAAGGUUCAGUAUGAAAAUCUGGACACAAACACAGUGAACAGAAACCUCAAACUGUCUGACAACAACAGGAAGGUGACAUUAGUGGAGGAGGAUCAGUCAUAUCCUGAUCAUCCAGAGAGGUUUGACUGUCCUCAGCUGCUGUGUAGAGAUGGUCUGACUGGUCGCUGUUACUGGGAGGUUGAGAGGAGAGGAAAGGUUUAUAUAUCAGUGAGUUACAGAGGAAUCAGGAGGAGAGGAUUCAGUAAUGACUGUGUGUUUGGAUGGAAUGAUCAGUCCUGGAGUCUGAUCUGCUCUGAUAGUUGUUACUCUGUCAGGCACAAUAACAGAGAAACAUCCAUCUCCUCCUCCUCUGUCUCUAACAGAGUAGCAGUGUAUGUGGACUGUCCUGCUGGCUCUCUGUCCUUCUACUCAGUCUCCUCUGACUCACUGAUCCUCCUCCACACCUUCAACACCACAUUCACUCAGCCUCUCUAUCCUGGGUUUGGGGUCUGGUUCAUGUCUCCUGGUUCCUCAGUGUCUCUAUGUCUGGGUGUCCCAGAGGUCUUCCAGGUGGAUCUGCAGCGUGAGAAACCCUCCAAUCAGAGCAUCAAGGAACAAGCCAUGCCCUAA